AAUGGAGGAUAAACAAUUUGUAUCAAAUAUAGUUAUUAUAAAUUAGAGUUUUGAGAUUGCAAAGAAAUUCUAGGUUUUUUUUGCCCAUAUGGAAUAAUUUUGUUAGUAAUUUUUGAAAGGAUAACAUGUGGUUGAAAUUCGUAAUGAUAAAUCUGAAAAGAAAAAGGAACGUGAUCCUAAUGCUCCAAAAAGACCUCUUACUGCUUUCUUCUUAUUUAGUCAGAAAUAUCGCGAAAAGGUUUUAGAAAGAAAUCCAGGUAUUGAUUAGAGUGAUUAUUAAUUAGAAGUUAAAUUGACUUAAAUUUCAUAAAUGGCUGGAUAAAAAUGGAAUUCCAUGAGUGAAUAAGAGAAACAAGUAAAUAUUCUUUAGAUUAUAUAGCCAUAUAUUGAUUAAUAUAAUUAAGCAAAAAGCAAAUAUGAUGAUGAUAUUAAAGAUUAUAAUGAAAAAUAAGGUAUUACAACUAAUGACAAAAAGAGAAAAAAAUCUGAAAAGGUAUUUAUAAUUUAUAAUGUUUUAGUUUGAUGACAAAUCUAUAAAAUCAGGAUAAGAUUAUCCAUUUGAUGAUAUUGAUUCUGAAUCAAUAUAACCAGCUGCAAAACAUUAACAAUAACUUAAAUAGUAAUAGAAGGUCAUUCAAACCAUAAAUUCUGAUGAUGAUGGUGAAUAAAUAUAAUAAACUACAUAAAAUAAAUCAUAACAAUAAAAAGUGAAAUCUGCUAAAUCCAAAAAUAAGUAAGACAUGGAUGAUGAUCUAUAAAGAGAAAUUAUUUAAGUAAUAAAUAAUGAUAAAUCACAAAAGAAAUAAACAAAAAAAUGAAA